AAGACUUGCUCACUGAAAAAAUGUCCGAUACCGUGGAAGAGCUCGUUCAACGCGCCAAGCUUGCCGAACAAGCCGAGCGAUACGAUGAUAUGGCUGCCGCCAUGAAGAAAGUGACCGAGCAGGGACAGGAGCUUUCCAACGAAGAGCGUAACCUUCUCUCUGUUGCCUACAAAAACGUCGUCGGAGCUCGCCGUUCAUCGUGGAGAGUUAUCUCUUCCAUUGAGCAAAAGACCGAGGGAUCCGAGAAGAAGCAACAACUCGCCAAGGAAUACCGCGUCAAGGUUGAGCAAGAACUCAACGACAUCUGCCAAGAUGUGCUCAAGCUCCUCGACGAGUUCCUCAUUGUCAAGGCUGGAGCUGCUGAGUCGAAGGUCUUCUAUCUCAAGAUGAAAGGAGAUUACUACAGAUACCUCGCCGAGGUCGCUUCAGAGGAUCGCGCUGCCGUUGUUGAGAAGUCCCAGAAGGCUUACCAGGAGGCUCUUGAUAUCGCUAAGGACAAGAUGCAGCCAACCCACCCAAUUCGCCUUGGACUUGCCCUCAACUUCUCUGUCUUCUACUACGAGAUCUUGAACACUCCAGAGCACGCUUGCCAACUCGCGAAACAGGCUUUCGAUGAUGCUAUUGCUGAGCUCGACACGUUGAACGAGGAUUCGUACAAGGACUCGACCUUGAUCAUGCAACUUCUACGUGACAAUCUCACUCUCUGGACAUCUGACGUUGGAGCUGAAGAUCAAGAGCAGGAGGGAAACCAGGAAGCUGGAAACUAAAGAGCUGAACUCCGUUCUCUUUCCUCGCAUCUCUUCAACUUUCAGUUAUCCUCCAACAUUUCCGACUUAACGUAUUCACCAAUACUCCAUACAACACUGCGCAAUAGCAUCAUGAAAGAAAAUUCGGUCUUCAAGUGCUCUAGAUCUCCAAGCCAUAAUUCUCUUCAUGCUCUAUUUCGCUGUAAUUCACUCCGUCACUAUUGUCAUUCCUAAAAUGGCGUAUUGUUCUAUGAUUAUUAUGUGCUGUAAAGUAUAAUGAACCCCCAUCUUCCAUUUUUCUCUUAUUAUCCCCGAUCUUUAUUUUUAGAUCUUUUUGAACAUAAAUGUUUGGUGAACUUU